AUGAACACGCCCCACCCCUACGCGAACUACCCGGCAACGUCGUGCAACUACCCGCGGCAGUUGCAGAUGGGCGCCGACUCGCGCUACCCCCAAAUGGGGCGGAGCCUGUCGCCUGGGAGGCGGGGCUACGCGGACGCGAUGCCCAUGCACCUGAACUACCACGGAAUGCACCCCAAAAUGCAGGCGGGCCCCAACUACGCGCAGUACCGGGGGCCGGAGUACGCGCAGCACUACCAGCACCGACGGGGCCCGCCGCAGGAGUGCUACCCGCCAUCCUGCCGCCCCGCCCAGUACUUGCAGAACCCCCACCAGACCGCAGGCCAGGACCUGCAGGAUAUGGCAGGCAACACCGCCUCCCCCUCGGACAGCCUGAAGAAGUUCAUCGAGAGCUGGAUAGUGGAGGAGGAGCCGGCGGGCGAAGCCAGCCAGUUGGACGCCAACAUGAACAUCAGGGAGAAGCUGCGCGACGACGCCCCUGCAGGCACCGUGUACAUGAUCAACGCCAACGACGUGCACUACUUCGAGAACAACGGCAUCCCCAUCGUCACCUCCGACAGAUUUGAAACACAGUCAGGAAAGCAUGUACAACUUCUUCUCAAAGUUGGAACUUCAGCAACAUUUUCCCCCUGGUCCUUGCCUGUGAUUAAUUUUUCUGCGCUGGCCCUAAAAUUGUGGCGCACUCAGCCACAGAGCGGCUGUAGAAUAAACUGGCUGAUUUGGGGCGAUUUAGGCAAAUUUCGGGCGCUUGGAAACAUCGGCGACGUUCUGAUCAAGCUGCAGGAGACUGAGGAGGCGGUUAAAAUGUACCACAGACAGCUGGCGCUGGCGAGGAGCAAUCGCGACCGAACAAUGGAGGCGGCGGCUUGCGGAGCCCUUGGAACCGCCCACAGGCUCCUCAAGCGCCUGGACAAGGCCCUUGGGUACCACACGCAAGAACUGACGCUGCGCCAAGAGAUGUCCGAGCUGGGAGGAGAAUGUCGCGCGCAUGGCCACCUAGGAGCCGUGCACAUGGCCUUGGGCAACUACACGCACGCAGUCAAAUGCUACCAGGAGCAGCUGGAAAGGGCGCAAGACCUGCAGGACUGCGCGGUGGAGGCGCAGGCCUACGGCAACUUGGGCAUCGCCCGACUAAACAUGGCGCACUAUGAGGACGCCAUCGGCUACUUCGAGCAACAGCUGGCGACGCUGGAGCGCCUCUCCUCCUCCACCGCCCAGCUGGACAAGGGGCGCGCAUUCGGCAGCCUGGGCAACUGCUACGACGCCCUGGGCGAUCCAGAGGAGGCGGCCAAGUGCCACGAACAGUACCUCUCCAUCGCGCUCAAGCUGAAAAGCCCCAGGGACCAGGAGCGCGCCUACAGAGGCUUAGGCCAAUCGCAGCGCUCCCUGGGCAACCUCCAGCAGGCGCUGGUGUGUCUGGAAAAGCGCCUGGUCAUGUCCCAUGAGCUGGGCAGUCCCGACGCCAAGGCCGCCGGCUAUGGGGAGUUGGGCCAGCUGCAUGCAGCCUUGGGGAACCUGGAGCAAGCGGUCUCCUGCCUGGACCAUCAGCGCAAUAUUGCCAGGGACUUAGGCGACCGCAUCAUGGAGUCGGAGUCGCUGUGCGGCCUGGGCAACGUCUACCACCAAAUGGGCGAGUUCAGCGCCGCCCUCAAGUUCCACCAGAACGACCUGGAGAUCGCCGAGCAGCUGGACAUGCCCAGCCUGCAGAGCCGAGCAUGUGGCAACAUUGGCAACGUUUACGAGGCCUUGGGCAAUCUGGACCAGGCGGUGCGCUUCCAGGAGCAGCACCUGUCCAUCGCGAUGAGCACCAACGACCAAAUAGCCAAAACGAUGGCGUACAGCUCCUUAGGGCGGGUCCAUCAGCUCUUCGGCAACCGGGCGCAAGCCAUCGCUUACCUCACUCAAGGCCUGUGCAUUGCUGAGGCCCUGGGCCGCAGGGACGAAGAGGCGAAGAUUCGCAAUCGACUUGGGCUGGCGCUGUACGCCAAUGGGGACCUGGAUGGCGCCCAGAAGCAGCUGGAGUCCGCCGCGCAUCUUCUGGAGAACAUUCGCCUGGAGAGCCGGAACAGUUCCGAGUACAAGCUGAGCUUGUUCGACCUGCAAACGUCCAGCUACCAAGUGCUGCAGCGGGUGUUGGUUGCUCUGAACAGAGGCGACGAGGCCCUGGUGACGGCGGAACGGGGUCGAAACCGGGCGUUUGUGGACCUGCUCCUGGAGCGGCAAGGCCAUGAGCACCGCCCCAGGACCAAGGCGGGCAAAAUUGAGGCUUUGAGCAUCGGCACUCUGGAUCACAUCAAGGACAUUGUGAACCGCCAGCGGGCGGCCGCAUUGUACUACAGCAUAGCGGCCGGGUUCCUCCACGCCUGGCUGAUCCUGCCAACCAAAGGCGUGGUCAAGUUCCACUCAGCCCCACUAAUGGAGGGCCAGGACUCGUCCGAUGGGUGCAGCCACAUCGACCCAGUGCCCGCCGGCACUGGGCUUCUGGAGAAGCUGGUCACCUCAGUGCGGGACAGCUUGGGGCUGGAGCUGAGCCCCUGCACCACCAUUGCAGAGGACCAGUACCUGGACGAGACGCUUUCGGAGAGAACCGGGUUCCUGCGGAUGGUGAACCGGCACCAUUUGCUCAACUCGAGCAACUACUCGCUCAGCUCGCUGUUCUCAUUGGGCAGCGUCGGCGGUUCGGUGGCGUCGCUGCAAGGCAGCACCCGAUCCAGUUCGAGCGCGCAGGGCUCCACUCGCGUCACGCAGCGCCAAGCCUGGAAAGGCCCCAGCUGCCUGCACGCGCUCUAUACGUUGCUGCUGCAACCGUUCGAAGAGUACUUGCCGGCCAAAGGGAGCAACUCCAAAAACGGAACCAACAAACGGGAGCUGAUCCUGGUGCUGGAAAGCGACCUCUACCUGGUGCCGUUCCCUGUUCUGCGCUCUGCCAGCGAAAACUCCGAGUUCCUGUGCGAAAGGUUCUCGCUGCUGGUGGUGCCCAAUGUGAGCUCAUUGAAGUCGGGCAGGACGCGCAAGCACGACACUGAUCAAACGGUGCGCAGCCUCGUUGUGGGCAACCCCAAGCUGCCGCUGUCCGUGACGGAGAACUGGGGCUGGAAAGACAUCCCACAGGCGGAGCAGGAAGCCAGCAUGGUUGCCGAACUGCUGCAGACGCAGGCCACCGUAGGCAGCAACGCCACCAAGGAGCAAAUCCUCAGCCAGAUGCAAGAGGCUGAGUGCAUUCACUUUUCCACUCACGUUUCCUGGAAACUGUCCAGCUUGGUGCUGAGCCCAACUGAGGUUCUAGAUCAGUCGCAGAGCAAGAGACUGGGCUACAUGAGCGACGGGCUGGAAGAGGACGAGCACACCGAAGUCUCCAUAACUGCCGAGCUGCCGCCCCUCUCCGAAUUCCUGCUCAGUGCCGCCGACAUUCUGUCGCUGAAGCUCGUUGCCAAGCUGGUGGUGGUCAGCUCCUCCCACACACGGGACCAACAGGGAUGGGCCACCUCCGAUGGCCUGAUCGCCCUGGUGAGGGCUCUGCUGGCCGCAGGCGCCCAAGCAGUUCUAGUCUCUUUGUGGCCGGUGCCCGACACCGCCACCAAAAUCCUGCUGAGGGCCUUCUAUUCGGCGCUCCUGCAAGGCACCAGAGCCGCGAAAGCGCUGAGCGAAGCCAUGCAAACCGUCCAACAUACCAAGCAUUUUGCGCAUCCGGCCAAUUGGGCCGGCUUCGUUCUGAUCGGUCUCAAUGUGAGACUGUCCAAUAAGGUGGCCUUGAUGGGGCAGGCCUUGUGCGAACUGCUGCAGAUUCCAGAGAAGUGCCGGGAUGCGCUGCGCGUGACGCUGCACCUGGUGGAGAAGAGCCUGCAACGCAUCCACCGCGGGCAGAAAAACGCCAUGUAUACGACGCAAAAGUCGAUCGAAAACAAGGUUGGGAGCGUCAGCGGCUGGAAAGAGCUGCUCAUGUCGGUGGGCUUCCGCUUCGAGCCGGCCUCCAAUGGGAUCCCCAGCAGCGUGUUCUUCCCCCAAUCCGAUCCAGAGGAGCGCCUGACGCAGUGCUCGGCCAGUCUGCAGGCCCUGCUAGGCCUAUCAAACACGUCCAUCCAGGCCCUGUCCAAGCUAACAACCAAUCCGGAUGUGGCGGAUGACAUCAUCGCAGUGAUCCAGUCCAGUUUGUCGCAGUUCUCCUCCAAGCUGACCGACAGUGAGAGCGUGGAAGUCGCCUUGAACGUUCGGCUGUGGCGCAUCCCCGGCUGUCAUGAACUGCUGGCCAGUCUGGGCUUCGACCUCUGCGACGUCGGCCAGGACAAAGUCACCCUGCGGACGGGCAAGCAGGCCAACAAGCGAAACAUCCAGUUCACCCUGCAAGCCCUGCUGGCCCUAUUCGAUACGCAAGAGGCUCCCAAAAGCCUCACCAUUGACUCAUCCAGCAGCCUGGAGUCGCUGGCCUCGGUGGACAACGACUACCCCCACUCGGACAACGAGAUCUGCACCACGCCCCAACCCACUCCCAAGGCGGUGGCGAAGCGUCCGCCUCCUCUGUUCAGCCGCACGGUGUUGCCCAAUAAGCGACUGGGCGGAGCGUUCACGUCCUACGUGAGGAGGCGGGGUGAGCCGGACGGACGCACAGCGAAUCCAGGCGAUGUGAAAAGCUUGGCGGAUGUAAAGCCGCGUAAAACAGGCACGCUGGCACGUCCGGGGGGCGGCGAAUCGGACGCCGCCUUCACCCCCAGCCCGCCAGUCGCGAUGCAAGCGGAGUCCACCAGCAUGGCCAUGUCAUUGGCGCACCAAACCAGGAUCAGAAACCUCUACUCGCAAAAUGAGCCGAAGGCCGACCCUCUGAGGCCGGACAGUUCGAGCUCGGCCAGCUCGGCUACUGACUGGGAGAGCGGCCACGCCACUGUGCUGCGCCGGCAAACUCAAAAUCAAAUGCCGCCGCUGCCGCCUCCCAGAUCGACCAAGCCCUUGGUGGAUCUGCCCCUCUACAACAACCUGCCGCCCGGGAUUUUCGAGAACAGCUCCGACAGCGAGCUGGAGAAGAUGGAGGCGAAAAUGUUCAACGCCCCCCCAUCCCGGGGGAAAAUCGCGAUGAAGAAACCGAGGGGGUCGCUGUUCACCAUCGACAGGCUCAGUGUGCGGACGGGGAUGGCCCUGCCUGGGCAGCCCUCCCACCACCAGAACCCGUCGGCGGUGACCAGGAAACCGAUCACUCUGCCCAGCGAAGAGACGCUUCCCUCUAACGAGCGCCUCCUCUACUUCUCCCCCAACGAUACGGACGCCUCGGCCACAUUGUCUUCUUUGGUUUCCAUGGCGGGCGGCGUGGGGGGCAACCCCGUGGGCGCAGACCCUGAGGAAACGGAACUGGGCGCCGCCAAGGAGGCAAAGGCUGGAAGCGCAGCUGCGCUGCACGACACCAUCCUGGCCACGCAGCUGCGCCACAUCAACAGAGAGCUGACACCAACGAUUUCAGAGGUGUACCACGAGCGGAACAUUGGGCUGGGGCUGGCGCCCCCACUGUCCAAGCUGCUCCUCAACCAGUCCAGCAGCUCGGCGCCCAAGACGGACAACACGGUGCUGGAGAAAAUCACUUUGGGCAUCCUGGACGACGAGGACAUAAGCAACGAGCUGAACAGCUCCCAAUGCCAAAGAUGCAACACCGAAAGCUGCGCCUGCCAAAAGCCGAAGAGCAACAAGCCAUGGCUGACGGAAAACGCCAUGGCGUUGCAGCAAAUCCAGAGCUCUGAUCUGACCACCGCCGACAUUCUAGAGCGGGAAGUGAAAAACAAACUGGUCCUCCGCUCCGAACAGCGACAGAAGGACGAGAUGGAACUGAAGCGACUGUCGCCCUUUUCCGAAAUGUCCAGACGCGACGAAGGCGAUGGACGCAGCAUUGCCGAUUCCACAUCAUCCAGCUACAAAACCACGCAAUUCCUAACGUAUCACGGCGCCCCUGAUAAAAACAAGGGGAAACCCAGCGCUAAGAUGCGAACCAUUCCGAAACAGCGGCGCAACAUGCAGAGUUAACUCAACAUGGAGGGCCGAACCCCACAGUGUUUGUGUAUCAAACCGGUCAGACAUUAGCAAUGCGUAACAGUCCAAAGGAGAUCUAGAAUAGUUUUGUCAAUUGUCAUUUUAGCCGGAUUAAGAGGAAACUGUUAAAGUUGUUAGAUGUUUAUGAGGCGCCCUCGUAACUAAGGCUGAUUUUUAUUUAUUGACCACGGCAACAGCCAAUAAUGGUCCAUAGUAGAGCAAUUGAACUGCACUAGGAUUAAUUUUAUCAAUAAACCAAUAAACGAAUUGUUUAGCCAAAAA